UCUGGUAUCCCUAAAACGCAUAGACAAGACGCUGUAUUUUCGCUUCUCUUAUUUGAAGUGUCAAAAUGAACGAAUUGUCGUUUGAAGUAAACAGUAUGGAUAUUUGCCAAUUGACUAUUUUAUAAAAUAUGUUUAAAAUCAUAAAAUCAAGAGUUAACUUUUAGUGUUCAUAACAACCGUCUAAAAUGUGGCCCAUGCUUCUUAAUUUGACCCGCGACGAAUGUCGUCUUACGCUCCGUAGACUUGAAUUGGAAGCCUACUCGAAUAUGAUCAGUGUGUUUAGAGCACAAGGAGCAUUGGAAGACAACAGAAAAAAGCUACUGGAAGAACUGCGCGCCGUUUUGCAUAUAAGCAAUGAUCGGCAUAGCGCUGAGGCGCGCCGCGUGUCUAAUGAUGAGCUAUUAGCUACAAUUGCAAACCAGUUAGCAGGUCCAAACACAGGCUUAGGAUGGAUCAGCGAAGGAAGAAGACGGGUGCCUUUGAUGCCUCGGGGGAUUGCACAAACCAUCUACACAGAGAUAGCUGAUAAGGCUGCUGAGGCUGCCGCAGCUGAAAACAAAGAGAUCCAGAAGAGGCUUGAGGCUGAGAAGCUUAUAGCCCCUAAGUCAAAUGAGGAAGAAAUGCCUGAUGCUGAGGGCCAGACGGCCGAAGCCCUCACAACCAAUGACACCAUGGAUGACACCAUGUAUCCUGUAGCUAUGGAAGAUCAAACCACUAAAAUUUGGGAAUCGGAACUUGCUAGUAGAAAGAGGAAAGUCCCAGAAGGUGGUGCAAUACCAGACGAUGCCAGCACUCCUGUGAAAAACAUGAGAAAUAUUCCAGUUAAUGCCAACCAGAAACAUUUGAACCUCUCACAAAUUUAUUCUAAGUUCUCACAACCAGCUACAAGUAAAACUUCAGGGCAGUCGAAACAUUCAUAUAACCAAGUAAGCAAAGUAUCAACCAGUAAACCAAGUCAAGGUCAUGGCCAGCGCUCAGCACCGCUCAAGAGCAGGUCACACAAAGUUGCCAAGGGUCCACAAAUUGUUGUACCCAAACCACACAUUAGAAAACAAGAAUUACCAGGCUCUCCUAACAAACAGUACAAUGCAUCAUCUAUGCAAAUGGAGUAUUCAGGCCCCCCUAACACUUUCCAGGCCAGCUAUGCUCAAUCAAUACUAGGUAGUAAAACAAAACCAGACUACUUGGAUGAAAUAAAACCCAAAGUGUUGUCUUCCCCGGGCAUGGUGACCGACUCGCCGACGAUGCAGCUCCUCACCCAGCCGGCGACGGUCCCGCACGACCUCGAGGUCUCGGAGAACGCGCACCCGGACGACCCGACCUCAUUACAAGCUCAAAGCACGCCUGUCCACAAACAGACGGUCUCCGGAAAACCUUGCCAGCUCAUUAUAAAGAAUCGCGGUGACAUAAGCACAGAUAAAAAAGUACAAAUGUCAGACAUAAAAAUAUUACAAAAGCCCUCCGAGGGCAUUAAGCUUCUAUCAAACAGGCAGGUAGUGGUUGCGCCGAGUUCAGCUCAGAAGGCGUUGAACACGCCCGGCAAACUGGUGCCCACUAAAGUAAUCGGUUCGAUACCUAAGACGCGCCAUCCAAGCACACCCUUAAUGAGUGAGAAAAUGAUCGUAGUCUCAAAACCAGCGUCAGAAAAUAAAAACAUAAGCAGUAAAGUAAUUAUAACAUCCGCAGUCAGCAGUAGAGACGGCACCCCAACUAGUACAAACAGCAUAUCAAACAAAUUUACUACCGAAACACUUACGCCUAAGGGCAUUCCUGCCACUGACUUAAAAGUAUCUGCUAAAGCAGUCGUCUUGAAUCCUAAAGGACAAAAGAUGGUCGUAUUACCCGCAAAAGCUCGCACGAAACAAGUUAAUGAAGGGCAGAUACCAUUAUUACAUUUUAAGGGUAUUCCCACAGCAAUGAAGUUAGUGCCAGUAAGUUCACAAUCCAUAACACAAAUGACAAAAUCGCCUGCUAUGACCGUCAUGUCGAAACCCACAACAGUUAGUUCAAUUUCUUCAAGUACGAAAAUUGUUGGGAUGGAACCAAUAAAGACGGCGAACUUAGCAGAUAUUGUGCCUGUAAAAGGUUUAGCGCCCGUCACUACACCUAAAAUUACCAAUCCUAUCGUCCGGCCAUCGAGUGCUAAAGGCAGCGUAAUUGUAGUACAAAAGGGCACAACGAUAGGUAAAGCUUUAAGCUUUGCAAAAAAUGGAAAUGACAUGUCUAAAGUAAUUAUGGGUAAAAACGUUAACCAAUUAUUGCAAGCGUCAAAAUCAGAACAAGGGGACGUUUCUAAAUGUGCGGGUAACGUUAUAGUGUUAGAAUUAAACAAUGAACAGACUGGUCGCACGACAACCAUGUCCGAAAUAUUAGACAGUCGCGGUAGUAAUGUCGCUCGAACAUCUGAUGAUAGCAAAAAAUUGUCUCAAAUUACACCUGACACACCCGUCUUAUUCGAUAACCAAAUCACAGAAGAAACCUGCAAUGCAAACAGUUUAGAUUCCAAUGCGGAAAGCAUAUCAGAAAUGGUUCCCAUGGAAGAUGCGAGCUUAACAAUAAUUGAGAAAGAUGACAGCAAAUCAAAUUACACCAAGGAAGCUGAGGGUGUGAAGGACUCUUCUAGCGUCACGGACUGGGAAAUGGAGCUGGACACAGUAUCAAGAAAGGGUAAAGACGAAGACAAAUUAAAUUCUUUACACCUAGACUUAGGUAUGUCCAGUGACAGCGACAACGAAUACAUGUCGUCCAGUCACAAGUCCAAAAGCAAACACUCGUCGCAGGAGAGCAUGCAGCGGGCAACACCAAGCGGUGAGGGCAGCGAAAUGUACAGCAGUUCGAGCGCAAUGACCCUCGCGACGCGAACCUUACUCAGCCAGCUGCAGGACGAUGGGUCGUCCAGUAAUGAUUCUUCGUUUGCUCUCAAAACGAAAGUCAUCGAGAAGUUAAAAGAAAAUGAUUCUAAACUAGAUAAAUCAGAGUCAGAAGCGUUAACGAAAGCUAAAGAGAAACUCUCCGAGAAGGUUGCGGAAGCUAAAUCUCAACAGAAGAGGAUAGACAUCUACAGCACAGCGAUCACUACGUCUGACAUAAAUUUAGACUCGUUCUCAUAUCUGGACGAGGGCGACAUGAUGGCGGCGGACGACGUGUUCGCGGCGGUGGACAAGCCGCGCGAGCCCCGCCGCGCCGACACGCUCGACGACCAACUUAGCCGGUUAUUAGGCGAAGACUCUGCUAACUCGACUGACUCACAAACUGUAAGUGAAAGUAUGCCUUUAAAUAAAUAAUGAGCAAUAAUUUAGGUUUAGUUAAUGAUGGAACCUGUGGAAGAUAUCUUUAAUAAAAUGUAAUGAACUUAGAAUAAGCGCGGACAUAUAAUGUGAAGUGUAAAGUGGUGACAUUGUCGUCUCGAGAGAGGCGUGAUCAUAGUGCUGUUUUGUUUGUUCUGCUAAAAUAUACAGUUUUUGAAAGGUGUUUGUAUACUAUCUGUGUAUUACAUGUUUCCCUUCGUAACAAUAAAGAGGCUAACAGGUUUUGAAGACGUUACUAUAAUCUCACGAGGAUUUUAUUUCAUUGAAGUAAACUCCUUCAAAAAGUUUUAUCUAAAAUAAAUAUUGAUAUUUAAAACACAAUAACAAACAUUUUGUAAGUUACAAAAUUUAUCUACAUUUUUGAUUCAUCAUAGUUUUCAAGAUCAAAAUUAUUAAAAUAAGAUAUACACAGCAUGAGUGACAUACUUAUUUAUUAAUAUAAAUAGUUCUGUAAAGUUUGCAUUUCCUAUACUAGUUACAUAAUAGAAAGUUGAGUAGAAUUGAAUAUUAUUUUACGAAAAUCAAAAGUAGAUUAUUUUUAUAUGCCUAUAAUAACAGGUGAAUAGGUAACAUACAGUCAAAAAUAUGCAUGCCUUAUAAUUUUUACGAUGCAAUGUAGAAUUGAUUUACAGUGGUAAGAAAUAUUCUCGUGUGUGGUGGACUCGGUUUAAGGUUUAUUGUUAUUUUUAGUGACACAUCGGACCACGUGCAUGACCAACUUAAGCACUUACUUCUGUGCCUGCUCUGUGGUCCCAUAAAUGUUAACAUAGCUCUAGCAAUUUGAUGUUUUCAUUAAAUUUACUAUGGCGACCUUUACAUGAAGUACCUAGAACGCACAAAUUGUUUUUAGUUCUUUAAAUUCUUUAUUAUUAACUUUGAUUUAUACUUAUUGUUACUUACCAAUGGUCAUGAAUGCAUUACUCUGCAUGUAGAUUACUUAAUUGAAUAAUUUGUUUAUCGAUUCUAAAGACAAUUAAUUUUCUUAAAUAACUGCAUAUCGAAAUACGCGUCUCUACUUAGCUAAACAGAUACAGUUGAAAGGUACGGCAUGUGCCAACAUCUUUACCCCUUGAUGGGGUUACCGUAGCUCUAUUUUCACAAGAGGUAGAACUAAUUUCAGUAGCCACCUCUGGCAGCAUUGAAUAACACUUUGCGUUAACCGUUGCUGACGGCCUCACGAACGUUCGUACUCCCGGCAUCUUUGUCGUUAUACUAAAUAACGAUUUUCAGUGGCACAAUGUAUAGAAGCAUACUUGUCUCCUACAUUACAAUUGAUUUAAAAUUCUACAACUAAUGAGAGUAAAAAACGGCUUGGUGUUGCCAGAUAGUUCAACUCCUAAACUGGUAAGGAUGUCCAGUGGCAAAUUUUGAUGUGCAUAGUAUUCAACGAUUUAAUUUUGUAGAUUUCUGUUUAUUUUUGUUAUUUUGAUUCCCUACUAGUACAGUUAUAGAUAUGUAGUUACAAGUCAGUUAUUCUAUGGAUAGAAAUAUAUUUAAUGUGUGAAGAAUUAACACAGCGACAAUGUUUUUAUAGCCUUAUAAAAUAGAAUAAUUUUAUUUUAUAUACACACCAGUUUUCUAGCUUACAUAGUCAUCUAUAAUAUUUAAUCACAUUAUUUAUUAGAAAACUUAUAGCAGUUGUUAUAUAUCAAUACUUGUUUGAUUUAAUGCUAAGUAUAAAAUAGAAGUUAAAUAAUUCUUAAUACUGUAAAAUGCUAAAUAUUCACAAGAAAUGUACAUUCAAACGAAUCGAUUUACAAAAUCAUUUGAUUGCAACAGUAACCCAGUGUCGUUAUGUGAGUGGAAAAGGUAAAAAUAUUAAAUAACAUAAUGCAAUUACAACGUGAUCGGUUUGAACAACUUAACAAAUGCAACUUUUUAUUUAAGCACUGCAAUAAAAUGUAAAGAUAGGACAGUUAAACAUAAAGUAGGAUUCAGUGAUUGUUUAAAUGUAUGCUGUUAUACAAGUAAGUAACCCAUGAGAGUGAGAGUUGAAGUAGGUACGUAUUUUACGUUUUAAACUUAAAUAAGUGACAGAAACUAAUGUACGAUUUUGACAUUAUUCAAAAUAUUCUUGUCAAUGAUCGUUUAGAACUGAUGUUGUGUGAAAACACGAUUAAAGUUGCACAUCGACCCAAUGGGCAUUGAGCGUCGUGCGCAUUGGUCGGAGGAAACGUAGGUGCGUCCAUUGAUAGAAAAUGUUUUGAGGACUAGUAAAUGGAAAUAUAGUAUAGUAUCUAUACUAUAUUCAAAGUUGUCUUGAAAAGGUUGGUGCUACGUGAUACAAAUGUUUACUUUUUAAACAACACCACUUUGAGGUAUAAGCUGUACAGAGAAGGUUCAUGUUUACCAGAAUAAGCAUUAGUGUGUUCGCAUACUGCCCCGAUUUUAAUAAACCUCUUUUUAGUAAUCUCCUCUAGUAAUAUUAAACAUUUGUUGUACCUCCACCGCGUCCUCAAGGAGAUCAGAAGAGCCAAAUUAGAAAUUCAAGUAUAUUGGAUUUGAUCCCAACCCGAGGUGUGUAUAAUAAUGGUACAUAUUUCUUGCUUUAAACGGGAUGUUAUUACAUUCUAAAGAAAUAGUGCCAUGGGUAGCGAAUUAGUUAUUAGUUUGUUUUAUGACAAAUUUGUACAUAAUAAUAAUGUUACUAUUUUUAAUGAAAAUAUCAUUGACUGUACUGUCAACUUAUAAAAGUAUAUUAGUAUAUUUUGUAUCAUAAUAAUGUACGAAAAAGCAUUUUUGGAUAUCUAUGUAUGUCCGACUAUAAACUGAUUUUAGUAAAAUGUUAAUAGGUUAUGUCGAUUUUAAACGUAGACGAUGCAGGUGAAUAUGUUAAAUAUUGUUACCACGAUGCAAUCAAAUUGUGGAUAAAAUGUGUUCCCUUUAAAUGUAAGAUGUCCUAAGAGGAUAAAACUAGUGUAUAAAAAUUCUUGUUAAAUUGUUUAAGGCAAUGUUAACGAUUGACCUGCAUCUGUUUAUUUUAUAUAAUAAGUAGAAUAAGAAUUGUUCAUUUGUUUCGUCAGCUGUAAAUAUUUUGCGUAGUUACUAGUACCGUGGUAGAAUCAAACAUGUUGAUACAAUUUUCUGUGUUUUUUUCGCAAGUUUAUUUUAUCUACUUAUUUUAACAAAUAAAAAUUUAAUCAUAAA